AUGCACAACGGUUCCACGACAACCUCGUCCAUGAGCCAGUCGCUGCAUCCGUUCGCCUCGUCCUACCUCGGUCCCGAUUACUCCCUCUUCCGACCAAUCAAUCCCGACCAUGAGGAGGAAGAAGAUGAUGAUGAUGAUACUACCAACUGUACAAGUGAAAACAGCGACAACUUCGAUACCACUGCUGGCAGCCAUCUCAACGCCUUUAACGCCAACCUACGGCCCGUGCAUGUGUCAACCGUCGAUUCCGCUCCCAACACAGCCUCAAACUCACAUGCUCACAAGCACAAUUGUGCCGUUCUAGCCGGUGCUACUCCUGUCUCCAUCUCAUCGCGCAAAUCUUCUGCCACCUCCGGCCUCGGAUCCUUUACCGAUGGGCUGCAGACUGGGACUUCACCCACUACCGGCACUCCCUCCAUGAGCAAGGCAUCUGAGGCAGUUGAGGAAGCUCGAACCCCAUCUGUCUGCAGCCCGUUUAGACUCAUCCAAAGAGCUCUGACUCAGAAGACGACUUCCAAUGCUUCUCCUCCUUCGACGGCCUCUGUCGAUGGCGCUAGAUCCCCUAUUGUUGCUAAUACGACGACGACGACGACGACGACGACUACUACUACUACUACUACUAUUUCUGUCGCUGCUGCUGCUGCUACCAUAACUAUUGCGGUUCCUUCAGCCUCGACCACUCUCAUCUCGUCGGCAGAUUGCAAGGGUCAAGGGCCGACAUCGCUGGGUGAUGGUGAUUAUGAUGUGCCUUAUACCGGCGCCUAUGCAGAGGAGGUUCUAGCGAUCGGCUCUCUUUCAGGUACAGUUCGGCGCUUCUAUGUUUCAUUGAGUUCGCCUUUAUAUUCAUUCACCGCUUGGCCGGUUGCCACGCUUUCACGAGCUUGUCUUAGGUCAGCUUCAUCAGAAGCAAAUUUGUCGUGUUUAGAAAAAUAG